GUGGCGGCCUGACGAGAGGCGGAGCCCACAGCUCGGCGAAGGCGAGGGCUGAUCCGGGAGGGAGGAGCGGAGUGGAGCGUCAGGGGCGGGCCGGAGUCCGGCUCCUGGAGCGGAGUGUGGUGGGGCUAUGCAGAUGGCUAUGAAUGGCAGGGCUCGGAAAGAGGCCAUCCAGGCCACAGCCAGAGAGCUCCUCAAGUUCGUGAACCGGAGUCCCUCUCCUUUCCACGUCGUGUCCGAGUGCCGCAGCCGCCUCCUCCAGGCUGGCUUCCGUGAACUCAAGGAAACAGAGGGCUGGGAUAUUUUACCAGAAAACAAGUACUUCUUAACCAGAAACUCCUCCUCCAUCAUUGCUUUUGCUGUGGGGGGCCAGUAUGUUCCUGGCAAUGGCUUCAGCCUCAUUGGGGCCCACACGGACAGUCCCUGCCUCAGGGUGAAACGCAAAUCUCGCCGAAGCCAGGUGGGUUUCCACCAGGUCGGUGUAGAGACCUACGGCGGUGGGAUCUGGAGCACAUGGUUCGACCGGGACCUGACCUUGGCUGGACGCGUCAUUAUCAAGUGCCCUAACUCAGGCCGACUGGAGCAGAGGCUUGUCCAUAUAGAGCGGCCCAUCCUGCGCAUCCCACAUCUGGCCAUCCAUCUGCAGCGAAAUAUCAAUGAGAACUUUGGGCCCAACACAGAGAUGCAUCUAGUCCCUAUUCUUGCCACAGCAGUUCAGGAAGAGCUGGAGAAAGGAACUCCUGAACCAGGGUCUCUCAGUGCCACUGAUGAGCGGCACCACUCGGUCCUCAUGUCCCUGCUCUGUACCCAUCUGGGCCUGAGUCCUGACAAUAUCAUGGAGAUGGAACUCUGCCUGGCAGACACCCAGCCUGCAGUCCUGGGUGGAGCCUAUGAAGAGUUCAUCUUUGCUCCUCGACUGGACAAUCUGCACAGCUGCUUCUGUGCCCUGCAGGCAUUGAUUGAUUCCUGUGCAUCCCCUGCCUCUCUGGCCAGGGAUCCACAUGUGCGCAUGGUCACACUCUACGACAAUGAAGAGGUGGGGUCAGAGAGUGCACAAGGAGCACAGUCUCUGCUGACAGAGCUGAUACUGCGGCGCAUCUCAGCCUCGCCUCAGCGACUGACUGCCUUCGAGGAAGCCAUACCUAAGUCCUUCAUGAUCAGUGCAGACAUGGCCCAUGCUGUGCACCCAAACUACUCGGACAAGCAUGAAGAAAAUCACCGGCCUUUGUUCCAUAAGGGUCCUGUGAUCAAGGUAAACAGCAAGCAGCGCUACGCCUCUAAUGCAGUGUCCGAGUCCAUUAUUCGAGAGGUGGCUGGCCAAGUUGGGGUGCCCCUGCAGGACCUCAUGGUCAGGAAUGACUCCCCGUGUGGUACCACCAUUGGACCUAUCUUGGCUUCUCGACUGGGGCUUCGGGUGCUGGACUUAGGCAGCCCCCAACUGGCCAUGCACUCUAUCCGGGAGACAGCCUGUACCACUGGAGUUCUCCAGACCCUCACCCUUUUCAAGGGCUUCUUUGAGCUGUUCCCUUCUGUAAGCCGGAACCUCUUAGUGGACUGAGGCCUCUUGCCAAGACUUGUCUACCACCCAUUCAAUUGAGAGGGGAGGAUCUCAAUUUAGCUGAUGCUGGAUUAUUAAAGUAUAUUUUCACUCCA